AUGUUCUGGAAUCACGCCACGGACACGUGGGGAGAUGAGAACAGAUGGGCUAAAAACGUCGCGCGGAUGCUGCCCGACCGAAAUAGCGACCUCGGUCCCUCGCUGCAGGCGACGACGAGUGUUUUGGUGCCGAUUGUCACCAUGUUCAUCACCCUGAGGAUCUGGGUUCGUUACAGCCAACGGCAGUUGGCUUGGGAGGAUGGCCUAAUCACUUUUAGCUGGGUAUGCUUCAUCGUCAUGUGUGCAGCCGGCGUCACAGCAACGGCUUAUGGUUUCGGCAAGCGCGCCGAACUGCUAGCAGCGUCCGACCUCCACAUGAUGCGGCUCUACAGCGGAGUGGUGGCAUCGGUGCCCUGGAGCCUGUCCAUCACGUCGGCCAAGGCCUCCUUCGCGGUCCUGUACCUCAGGAUCCUGCAGCCGACGGGAGGGGAUUGGGUCAGGCCGUUGAACAUCUCGGUCCUCGUCUUCCUGGCCUGUCAAGCGAUCGAGGAGAUUUUGGUGGUGCUGCUGCAGUGCCAACCAUUUGCAAAGGCCUACGACGACACCAUCGAGGGCAGCUGCUACAGCCUGGAGGCCAUGUGGAUGUGCGAUGUGGGUAUCUUUGGUCGUUGCUUUGGCCUUCUUUCUCUGCAGUCCAGCUCGCUGACGAUCGACUGCGCCUUUGUUUGCCUCGUCUCGAUCGCGCGUCUCUUUGCAGUGUUGCACAUCAGAGAAGACACAACCUACGAAACCGCGCUUGCCGUCAUCCUCUGCCAGGCCGAGAUCGCCUGCGUCAUAAUCUGCAGCUGCGUGCCGGCGCUGAACCAGUUCGUCCGCAGCACGGGCUGCCUGGGCCGCAUCGUCAACAGCACCGAGAACAGCUACAGCCUGCCGCGCUUCUACGCCCGGUCGGGCCAGUGGCGCCGCCGCCGGAGCAACACCGUGCACGACGUCGUGCACAGGGACGGUGCCGAGUCGCGGGGCUCCGAGGGGGCGCGUGGACAGCGCCGGGUGCGCCGACGGCGGCGUGGGGAGGACCACCAGAGUCGGAGUCAAGGGGAGAGGCGGGAGGGGAGACUGCGGAGUCUGCGCUACUGCUGGAAAAUGCUGUCGAGCACCUCCGAGACGGUUACUUCGUCGGCGCCGACGGGUGCCGGCGGCGGCGGCGGUGGCGGUGGCGGUGGCGGCACGACCUCGGCGUCGUUGACGCCCGCGUCCGGGCUGGAGAUGAACCCGCUCGAGGAUGUUCACGUCGCCGAGGAGACGGCGCCGAGGUUCGUCACGCGGGACGGCGUCGAGAUGUGGCAUCAGCCGGGGAGCAUCGAGCGCACGUCCAGCCACAACACGUCGACCAGCCAAGAAGGGGCGAACCAGCCUGGACCUGGCAGGGUGGGAGGAGGAGGAGGAGGAGGAGGAGGAGCCGCCGCCGAAUAUCCAGAAUCAAUCAUCGAUACGGUUCUCGGUCUGCAUGCGAAUAUCCCGACGUGGCUCAACGACGUGUCUGACAGUUAUCUACAAAACACCCAAGUUGUACAGUACGGGGAGGAGGAGGAGGAGGAGGAGGAGGAGGAGGAGGAGGAGGAGCACGGUGCCGGCGGUGCAGGGGAGAAAAGGGGUCUGGAAGCUGCGAACAGCGCGAACGAACGACAAGACGUCGACGACGACGAACCAGACGACGACUGGGUUUCCGCCAUGGAGCACAGGAGUACUCAAGGAGCAGAGGGCCGGCAGAUCCCCAAGUCUGGACUGGGUGCUGAGGGCUCCGAGAUCGACAUGACAAGUCACGAAAAGGGGGGCUGA